GACUCUUCUUUACAAUAAUCUUCUUCUGUCUUCGUCUUCUUCUUUUUAAUUAUCCUCGUCGAUCUAAUUUCCUAAGUGCUAAAUAUUUUUGUUUUGUACGUGCAGGUAAGUCAAUUGAAAGCUCAUCAGAUCAAUGGCGGAUCCGCUGAUCCUCACAUUUUUUGCAGCGAUAAUAGCUCUCUUCGUUGCCUUGCUACAUCUCAAAUUUCAAGGUAGCCAACAAAAUGUGUUUCAAAAGCAUUACAUCAUCAUCCGAAUAGCUGUAGGUGCUUUGGUGCCUCUUUGGAAUCAAAGUGAAAUGUCCUGGGGUAUAUCAAGCAUAUGCGCGUAAUCUUCCAUUUGAUCUAGAAUUUUGCGCUUUCUUUCAAUUGCAAGCACUGGCUCGCUGCUGUUGUCGGAGUCUCCUAUGCCGCUUGUGUUUUUCCUCUACCUGAUUCCUUAUGUGAAGAUCCUUUAUUGGGUUUUCAACAAGUUGGAAGAUGCAUUUGAGGAUAGGCCGGCGGUUUUGGGCAAAAAGGGUAGAUCCAGUUCUGUGCUAGCUGAUGCAGGUAAUUCAAUUGAAAGCUCAUCAAUGGCGGAACCGGUGAUCAUCACAUUUUCUGCCGCGAUAAUAGCAUUUUUCCUUGGCUGGCUACAACUCAAAUUUCAAGACAGCCAUCAGAAUCUAUUUCAAGAGCAUUCCACCAUCGUCUCAAUAGUUGUAGGCUCUUUGGUGAUGUUGUGGUACCUCUUUGUAAUUUACGUGAAAUGUGCUAGACUAUGUCAAGUAUAUGCGCGUAAUCUUCCAUUUGAUGUGGAUUUUUUCGCCUUUCUUUCAAUUGCAAGCACUUGCUCGCUGUUGUUGCCGCACUCCCUUGUGUUUGUUCUCUACCUAAGUCCUUCUGUGAAGAUCCUCUAUUGGGUUUUCGACAAGUUGGAAGAUGCAUUUGAGGACAAGCAGUUUUGGGCAAAAAGGUUUGAUCCAGUUCUGUCACGACCCAAAAUCCCACUGCAAACGUCGCGAUGA